GUGUCCUGUCCCCCGAUGUCGCUGGUUGAUAUUAUUAUUAUUAUUAUUAGUUAUUACUAUUGUUCUGAAUCGCCUUUUCGGUAAAACAGAACGUUUCGGUUUUUUAAUCUGCGAUGGAGCGAAUUGUCGCCGUCGCUGCCGCCGUCGUGCGCCGAAACAAUAAUUGUUAAUCGCCGCGCACGUUGGACCCCAAUGUCCACUGUUCCGCCGCCGUCGCCACCGCCGCCGCCGCAGCAGCAGCAGCAAUUCGUCGGCCAUUACUUCAUAGUUCAUAAGCGACCCGGAGUGACGGAGACUUAUAGCGAGCAAUGACUGUUCUGCUCGCGUACCGAUAGGUUGUGCUCAGUCUGACGACGGUCAGUUAGAGACGAUAUUCUUCACCAGCGACGUUGACCGCCGCCACAGCUUGUUGCCGAGCGCCGGUCGUUCAUUUGAGGGGCAGUCUUGCACAGCGAACAAAUGCUGUUGCCAUCCACUUCUAGUAUCCUGUAAAGAGUGGUGUUACGCUCGCCAUCGAAGACGCGAUGGCUGUUCACCGACACGAAGAAGGAUGUUCAUCGUCGUCAAUGUCCAUCAGUACCGUCGAGACCAUGACGACGAUCGACUGCAGUCGCAAGAGGAUUCACAGCGAAACAGUUGAUUCAGAUAUCGAUGAAAAUACUAAAAACACACCAAUAAGUUCAGACAAAUUUCCUAAGUAUGUGGAUUGUCAAGAAACAUUGGUGGAAAUGUCAUUUAUUAAAUGGUUAGCUGGUUUUCGGUUGGAAUGCCGCAUGAUUUCAUGCAGUACAAAUACAGAACUUUUCAUUGGAUUAUUCAAUUUUUUUUGUUUGAAUAUAGCGCCAGAAAUGGUUGACUGCAGAAAUAAAAUUAAUAAAUCAACUCUUCUGAAAUCUUAUCUAGAACAAAGUAUGAUGUUUUUUCGAGGAUACUAUAAACGCAUAAAAAGAAUAAAAGGAGAUACUUUGGAUAUUAUAUAUUAUGAUAGAAUGAGUUCAAUGUUGGCAUAUUUCAUUGAUUUGAAACUAAUGGCAUCUCAGCGUUUUAAAGAAAACUCAUCUCACAAAAGAACGUCAAGUAAAAUAAAUACAAUGAUAUUUGUUUUUUUAGAUCAGAAACUUGAUUAUAUGUUUGAUACAGUAUUUCAAUUAUACUAUAUAUUUUAUGGUUCUGUUAGUACUAAUUUAGGAACAAUAAUGCUUCCAGUUUUUAAAAAAUUACUGUCUGAACAUCCAAUUCCUAAAAAAAUGAAGUUUCUAACUUAUUUAAGAUAUAUUUUAUGUUUUAAACUGUGGAAAAAAAUAAUUCACUCCUCGGUUAUGACUAGUUCUGUUAAGAGAAAGGAAUUGGAAAAUAUAAGAUUAUUAUUGAGAGGGUUAAAUGUUCCACAUGAUUUUAUGAGUCAACAUGAAAAAUAUAAUUGGCCUAAUUGGCCAAAAUUGACAAUGUCUCCUAAUGGAACACCAGAUACAAUACAAAGAGAUUUAAAAAAUGUUACUUUUGUUUUGUAUGGUGCAAAUUUACCUCUCAAAGAGUGUUACAAGGAUAUAUUGGACACUUCAAGAAAAGAUAUUCCAAUAUUAUUGAAACCAAUUGAAGAACAAUUAAAAAUUUUACGGCCAGAUUUAUUUGCAAUUUCAGGAAAAGAAGUACUGACAAAUUGGAAUGAAAAUUUUGAUGACACUCUAAAACCAAUUAUACCAACUACACGGUCUUGCAAUAGCUUGCUGAGAAAAAUCAAAUAUAAUUUUUAUAUUCCAGAUCAGUAUAUACUUCUUGAUGAUGAACCCGAUGAAGUUAGUUCUGUUACAGACAUAAAUAAUUUAAGCAAGGAAUUAAGCUUAAACCACGUGGGAGAAAGUUCAGAAGAUCAACCUCUUCGGAAUAAAGAAAAUAGUUCACGUUCUGAUAAAAGAUGUAUGGAAAAAUCUAAUCUUAUAAAUUCAUCAAACACUAAAAUGACUAUUGAUAAUAUAAUAGUAGAUGAAAAUGAAAAAUCAUCUGUUGUGGCACAAGAAUCAGUAACCACUAAUGGAGAAUCAUUCUCAGUUAAUGAAAAGCAACAAUCAAGUGAUGAUGAGAUGGUAGACAAUGAGAAAAAAUCAAAAUCAUCUGACAAACAUCCAUUACAUAGAAAUGAAGGCAGAUUUGAUCCUACAUUAUCUAAUAAUUCAAGUAGAUUAAAUUAUAUGUCUGAAAUUACAAGUGCUGUGCAUCACUCCUACGGACCUGGAUGUUCCUUUGCUAAAGGAAAAAAAAGAACUCAUUCAUCAUCUGGUGAAAAUAGUAAAAGCAAAAAAAUGUUCAGAACAAAGUCCAAACAUGAAAAAAAUGUAUCAAACUGUAACCCAAAUCAAAUCGUUGAUUCAAAAUGUAAGAAUUCAAGUGUUGAAAAUAUUAGUCGUGACACUUUAAAUAAUGAUAACACAGUACAUGAAAAUCUAAAGAACUCUCAAGACACAAAUGGAGUUUCUCGUCUAAUGAAUGUAUCUUCAGCCAAAGAAAAUAAAUGGGUAACAAAAACAUCGCACCCUGAAUUAUCUAUAACUGCUGUCUUAAAUUUGAAACAUACAGAGACUAAUUUAACUGUUAGUGACAAAGAUGAAAGCAUAAGUAAUAGUACUUCUAAAAUUAUUGAUCUAAGUAGUGACCAGGACGAUACUGCUUCUCCUUCAAGUGACAUACCAUGGCCUAUAAAGUUGUCACAUUCUGAUUCAUAUUCUCCAGAAUCUAAACCAAUGGUUGAUAAUUCUGAGCAAAUGGGAAUUGAAACAACAAGCUCUGAUACUGAAGGUAACAAUAGUCCAAAGACUGAGCGUUUAUUAUGUUUAAGAAAAUCUGAAGAAAUGAUUUCAAAAUUGGUUUCAUCCAGACGAUCUAUCAAUGAAAAUGAAAAUACUCAAAUUUAUGCUUUGCCUAUGGAACAGAAACUAUCUCAUGUAGAACAUCCUUAUGUUGAAAAUGCUAUCAAUUCAAAUACACGAGACUUAGAAGUAGUAAAUGUGUUAUCUCCUGUGUCUAUUAACUCGACUGAUAUUCCUAUGAAUAAGAGUUCAUGGGUUCCUGAUAUGUCAUUGGUACAUGCCCAUAAUGAUCAUAAUGAUAUUGAUUGUGAUCAUUCUCAGUCUUCUUUACAACAAUUAAAUGGUUUAUGUAAUUCAAUUAACAUGAACACCAGUCGUGUUACUAAUCAAAAUAGUGAAGUUGAACUUUUAAAUAAUAUGCAGUUGGAAACUCCAAUUAUGUCUAGGCCAUGUUCUUAUAAUCGAAUCGAAUCAAGAAUAUUUCCCGAAGAUUCGUAUACGGCUGCUUUGUCUCCAAGUGAAAGUUCAGUUUCGAAUUCGGCUUAUGGUACUGCGUAUGAUGUAAAUCGAAUACCUUUGGCAGCUACUGUUAAACCUAUUCCUGUUACUGUGUCUUCAAAAGAUAUAGCACAUGAGUUAAAUGAUUCGAAUAGUGGCAUUUAUCACAAUAGUACAAUGAAUAUGUGUUUUAAUGGAUUGAAGAAAAAAUCUAUCAUAGAACAACAACCUUCUUAUAAUUUCGCAAUGAAUAAUUCUAGACCAACUGAUAUGAAUGUUUUAGAAAGAGGUUCAUCAUGCAACAAAGACAAACAUGAUGUUCUUGAUGUAGUUUCAGAUGAAUUUAGUGAUGUUGACUCAAUGGACUUGAGAAUCAACAAUGCUGAACCCAAAGAUAUUAAUUUGUGUAUAAAUAAUUUAUCCAUGUCUAUAUCAAGUGACUUAAAAUCGCUUAAUAGUUUUGAAAAGUGUGGUAAUUGGUCUACCAUUAAAAAUCCAUCUGACACAUCUAACCAUCAUCAAAAGCAAAAAUUAAAAAUAUAUACAGAUCCAACAGAAAUGAUUUCAGUACCAAUUAAUCUGAAUACACAGUCUGUAAUGCCGAUUAAUUUGAAUGAAGCACAUGUACAAAAAGUGUUUUUAGGAAAUAAAAGUCCUCCACAAAUAUAUUACAAUCCAAUUGCUGAUUUCCGUGUUUCAUCAGAUAUAGAUAUGAUAAAUCAUGGAAAUAUAGAAGAUCCCAAUUUAAUUCAUUUUAAAAAUAGACAGAGAAGUUGUGUUAAUAUAUGUUCAAAUGAUAAAUAUAUCCAUCCUAUGUUACAACCAACUGAUAAUGAUCCAAAUGUAAAACAAACACUAAUUAAUGGCUAUGAUAGUGUUCAUAAUCAAAAUUCGUCAAUUAUGAAUAAUGGACUUUUAUAUAAGUACCCAAGGUCUGACAGUAAUACAUCUGUUAGAUAUGAAAAUUCUCCUCUUAGACUACAAAAUAAAAAUCCAGAAUGCAUAUCACCACAUAAUGGAUUACAAUAUUCAAGUUAUGACCCAAUACUAGGACCAAAUUUGUUGGAAGACCCAAAUCAAAAAGAAGAACAGUCUAUAAUUAAUAUGACACAUUUAAUGCUACAGUCUAGUAAGAAUUGUAAAGUUCAUUAUAAAUGGCCUUUAAAUAAAAACAAAAGUCAAACUUCUUCAAAUGGAAAAAUUUUAGAAGCUUCUCCAAAUUUAGACUAUAAAAGAAAUUCAAAUGUUUUGUAUAAAUAUACUGAUGAUGAAUUAAAUCAAAAAUUGUCACCAAAUGAAAUUUCAAACCAAUGCACUAAUUUGUCAUUUAACGAAAGAGUAAACAAUAGCACUUCUAUUCAACCGAACCAACAGUUCCAAGAUUUAUCUAAUUUCAUUGCACCUGAUCAUCUUUCACCUACCAUUCAAUCUGGAUCUGAUUCUAUUGAUGAAAAAACAAAAAUUCAAAAUUUUGAAAGUAAUUCGCGAAUAGAAUCAUCUGAGCACCGAGAAAUGUAUAGAAAUACCAAAAUACCAUGUCAAAGUAAAGAAUCAAGCACAUCAUUUGACAUAGAUGGUUUUGAAGCAGCCCACCACUUAUUCAAUAGUGGUAAGUUAUUUUUAUGCAUGUAUCCAAAAUGCACCAAUAGACAUCAUUUCCGUGUUAUACCUUCUAAUGCAGAAAUGCUUCGGCAUGAGUUCACUGUACCAUUUGAUGACUUUCGUUUCAAUAUACAGUACAAGUAUAAACAGUUAUUAACUUCAAACCCAAGAACAUGGCCUAGUAUACCUGAAUUAGUACAGUUGCCUAAACGGUGCCUGUGUGAAAUUUGUGGUGAUUUUGAUUCUAAAUUAAAUCAAAAUCAAGAUAUGUUAUAUACAUAUGUUGAAGGAAAAAAACCAAGUAUUGAAGAAGACAAUUGUGAAAAUGAACAGCCUACAAAUACACAAUCAACAUGUAGCUGGAAAAAACAUUUGGCACAUCGUUUUACUUCAGAAGAUGUUGAAAAACAGUCUAUUUCUCAGAUGAUAGAAGAUAUGGAAAGACAUAUAAAAAAUUUUACAUAUGCUUUCACAAUUAUUUUUCCAUUAAAUAAAGAUGUGAAAAGUAAUUCUCAAAAUUUACAAAAUGCAUGUGAAAGUUAUUCAGACGCAGCUAAUGAUAAUAAUAAGUUAUUAAAUUCUGAAUGUAAAGAAAAACUUGAUAUUGGACAUAAAUAUUUUAACAAAGAUUUACAUCUUCACUCUUAUCAAUAUUUACAAAUACCUAAUAAAGUUAUACCGAAACAUGUUUUGGAAGAAUUAUCUAAUUCAUCAUACCAGCCACCUAACCAAAACUUAUUAGCUACUUCACAUCAGUUUGAUGAAGAACAUUUCCCUAAUGAAAUAAAUAGAUAUUUUGUAAAGAAUUCUGUUAGUCCUGCAUAUCAAUCAAUAAAUCUAAAUUUAACUAAUCAGUCUUUAAAAUAUGUUCAUGAAAAUAUUUCAAACACAUCACAUCAAGCUGCUGUAGAGAAUUCACCCAGUACAUCACAUCAAUCAUCAAUUGGAAAUCUUACCAGUUCUUCUCAUCAACCAAUUUUAAGUAAUUUUCCUACAACAUCACAUGGGAUCUCUCUGGACACUUGUUCUCUGAACGAUAGAGGCCCAAAACAUAAUCACGUGUCUCGUUAUUAUACUGAUGGACAAAUAUAUACAGAAUUUCCCCACACAUAUCUUCAAGUUCCUAGUGCUCAGUUUCCAAAUUCUUCGACAAAUUCAUACUAUGGCUCACCUGUAAAUAUGCCAUCAGAUAAUUCUGUGCCAUUUUGUUCUCCAAGUUUAUCAAUUAAUUCUGUGCCUCAUUCUCCGUCAUCAGAUUGUAGCAUACCAUCCUUGGUUGAAACUGUCGCUACUGCUGUACCUGAGCAUGCUUUGUUAGAUGAUAGUUUAGAAGCGGUAAAUGCUGCUCAUAACUUAAUGUUGAUCUCAAACCGCCAUAGGUACAACAGUACAACUUUAAUUACAGCUACUAAAACUACAGAUACUAUUACAGUCACAAGUACUGCAAAUACUAAUUAUAGAACUGUUAAAAAUUCUAAUAUUAAUACAACUGAUAUUAAGACAAAUAAAAUGUCUAUAGCUGACACUACGGUUAAUAAUAUUUCUCCAGUUGAUACUACUGCUAAUAAUAUUUCACUUCUUGACUCUACUAAUAAUAAUAUUUCCACAACUUGUAAUUUGAGUGGAACUGUUCAACCUUCUAUAACUGAACCGGAGGACCAAGAAACAGAUAUUGUCCACAAUAGUCGAAGAAAAAAGAAAAAGAAACAUGAUAAAAAAAAGGAUAAGAAAAAAAAGGGAAAGCGUUGAUGAUAUUUUAUUAAUUUAAGUUUUAUUUUUCCAUCUAAGCUUAACAUUCCAAGCUUACACAAUUUUAAACAAUAGUAAAUCCAACAGAUUAUUUAAAAAAUGAUUUUUAUAAUAUACUGUGAUUUUUAUUUACUUUUUAACAAACUGUGAUAACUUAAGAUUGCUCAUUUUCUUUCUUUCUUCAUAUUUACUUAAUACAAUUUACACUAUAAUUAUGUUUUAAAACAUAAUAUUUAUUUAAAUUUUAAACAGUUUAUUUUUAAAACUCCAUAAUAACAUUUUUGCAUUUAUCUAUAUUUUAUUUUAAACAAAUUAAUCACAGUUUUAAAAUGCGAUAUUUUCUAAUAACUAUCAUCAUGAAUUCCUGAUAAAAAAAAAAAAAAAAUCAUUCACAUUAAGAAGGGAUAAGUAAAAGUGGACAUUAACUGUUAAUGUUGAUCUAUUCAGUUAAAUACAACAUUAGGAGAAAAAAAAAAUGUCAAAUUUAUUGAAAUUUAAUUAGUCCAAAUAUUAUUUUCUAAGUAAUUUUUUUUUCUCGCAGAAAAUGUUAAUAAUUCUGAGUAAGUACUAAAGUUAGAAUUAAUUGUUAAAAUAGUUAUAUUACCAGUCUGUUAAGUAUUAUAUAAGAUUUAAGUCACUAAUGUAACUUGGUACCUACUAAAAUUUUAAACACUACCUACUUUGUUUCAUUUGGUACCUAAAAAUUUCAAAGGUAAAUUUUUAUCAUAUAAAAUUUUUUGAAACAUACGUAAUUAACUUAAAACUAUUGAGUUAUUCAAUGUAAUUUAUAAGACUAAUAUUUGACCACAUUGCAUCGAACAACUGCCUGUAAAUAAUCUAGUGCUAAGCGUCUUAGUAAAUGUUUGUACAAAUAAAAAUACUAGUGCAAUUUAUGACAUGGAUAUUAUGACAUGGAAAAAAAAUUAACUGAAUUAAAAACAAUACUAAUAAUAAUUGCGCAUACCUUUAAUAUCAGGUUGUCGCGCCUGCUAAAAGAACUGUAUAAAUAAUACGAUGGAUUUGAUACUAAUAAAGCCCUACAGAACUGAUCGACAAAUCAUAAAAUAAGCUGUUGAUUUGUAUAUUAUGGCUAUUUUGAAAAGAAUCAAUAGUCUGAAAAAUUGCCAUAAAUUAUGUCAAUAUAAUAGAAUGGCUCAAGUUGAAAUUGUUUUGUCUUAUCAAGAAACGAGUUUUAUUUAAAUAAGUAUAAAAAGUUAGCAGAAAAAUUAACGGAUUCAAGGAAGAAAACAUUCAAAGCUGAAUAAAGAUGUCAUCAAAGUAAAUUCAUAAACCAUAAAAGAAAUAAGGCAACUAAUACGCUGAAAAUUAUAAAAUUAUUUUCAGUCAGAAUUUUAACGAGAUUAUUGAAUACUAAUUAGUGAAAAGUUCAAGAUUUCCAGAAGAAGUGUACUAUAGGUUUAUAUAUAUCCAUUAAAUCUGAAGAAAUAUUAAAAUACAUUUGUUGAAAUUGAGAAGUUUGAUUAACAUUAUUUAAAAAAAUACUUUUUAUCAAAUUGUAAUCAAUCUGAAAAGUAGUUGAAAUCAUAUUAGAUAAUCAAUAUUAGAAAGAUUAUCAUAUAAGAAGCUUCGCUGUGCAACUCAAAAUUAUCUACAUAUUUUGAAAUACCAGUCAUCAAAAUUUUAACUAAGCUCAGUUAUUGAUACUGUCAAACAAUCAGAAGAAAAUAUGUUUGGGUUAUAAUAAACUAGAACAAAAAAUGUAACAAUAAAUUGAUGAAACAUUUCAUUUGAUUGUAACUGGGUUACAAAAUUCAUAUUUAAUGAUGCAAUUAUGUCAAACUAAUUAUUUGGUCAAAUAAUCAAUUACUCAAAUAAUAUUUUUAAGUUAUAAAUUUAAAAAAUAAUAUAAAAAAAUGUACUCAAUCGACCUAUAGAUAACUUUUUUAAUAUUUUUUUUCUGUUAAAAUAAUUGAUUGAACUAUGUUUUUUUUUUUUAAUUUAUGUUAGUGGUAAUGUUUCCUAAUUUAUUAUGGUCAUAAUUGAUCUCAAUAUUAUUAUAAUUUAUAAUUUUUGUGCUGCCCAUUUGAGGUUUAAUGUAAAUAAUAACAAUAAUAUAAUGAUAAUUUUAAGAUUUUAUUUAUAUUACUAUUACUUUCAUUAUUAUUAUUAUUAUUUUUUUUUUUUUUUUGUUAUAGCUUUCAUUUGUUAUUAAUAUAAUUGAUAAUCCUAAUGAUACAUUAUUUUUUGUACAGGGGAAUUAUAACAUAACAUAGGCUAUUAGAAUAAAAAUAAAUCCAAUUAUUUCAUAUUUUAAAAAGAAAAAAAGAAUGAGCUCAUUUAUUAUAAUUAUAAAUUGUAAAGUUUGUGUGUUUUAGUGUAUCUUGUACAUAUUGGUCUUGUAAGACUUUAUUAUUAUUAUGUAUAAAUUUAAUAAUAAAUUCAUGUUUAAUUAUUGCUAAAUAAAAAUUGAAGUAUUAUGGCUUUAAAAGAAAGUGACAUUAUAAGGUAAUGUCACUACUAUAUUUGUUGAUGACGAAACAAUAGACAGUUGUAAAUAAAACAUGACUUUAAGAUUGUCGUCCGAUCAAAACUUUUUUUCAUAAUCAUCCAAUCGGCUAUUGUUUUGGCACCAACAAUGUAAUAUAAACUAAUUUUAAAUUAUAAAAUAUAUUAUUUUCAUCAUCGUCAUUAUUUUUAUUUUUAUUAUUAUUUUUAUAACAUUGUACAAAAUCACUAUACCUUAUAAUAUUAUAUUGAUUGUAAUUAUUAUUAUUAUUGUUUCUUUUUUUUACUUACAAUUAUUAUACAUUAAUAACUAUGUAGUAGGGUUUUGUUCGCGACCUCUGCUUCUAACAUAUUAUAUAUAUUCCUUAACGUAGCAUGUCAAUUGUAUGUUUUCUCACCUAAACCAUAAUAUAAUAUUAUAAUAUAUUACAAACAUUAUAUCUUUAAUAUUAUAUGUAAUAUUAAGAAUGUUAUUUACUCGACGUUAAUAUUGCUUGUUUAUGGUUUUAUAUUAUAUAUUAUUAUGAUUAUUAUUAUUAUUAUUAUUGAAAUAUAAUACAAUAAAAAUGUGAAUGUUUAAAUAAAUAUACGAUACUAUGUGUAUAUAAUAACUA